GGGAGACGCAGCGGUUCAUUCAUCUGCUUCCAGAGAGAGAGGUGAGUUAACGCGAAGGUUAUUUUACAUAAGGGAACAACUGUUUUGGAGCAAAACACCGCCGCGAGAAUAGCUGGAAAGAAAAAGAGAGGCUUUUGUUUUCUGGCUGAAAGGAGCUUAAUCUUCUUCCACGCGUUACAGGAGGUGAGGCAUCAUGGGGAAACACAACAGCAAGCUGGCUCCAGAGGUCCUGGAUGACCUGACCAAGAGCACUGAAUUCAAUGAGGCAGAGCUCAAGCAGUGGUACAAGGGCUUCCUUAAAGACUGUCCCUCUGGCAUUCUGAACCUGGAGGAGUUUCAGCAGCUCUAUGUCAAGUUUUUCCCAUAUGGUGAUGCUUCCAAGUUUGCUCAACAUGCGUUUCGGACGUUUGACAAAAAUGGCGAUGGGACCAUCGACUUCAGAGAGUUCAUUUGCGCCCUGUCUAUCACCUCCAGGGGUAGCUUUGAGCAGAAACUCAACUGGGCCUUCAACAUGUACGAUCUAGAUGGAGAUGGAAAGAUCACACGCAUGGAGAUGCUGGAGAUCAUCGAGGCCAUCUACAAGAUGGUAGGCACAGUGAUCAUGAUGCGUAUGAACGAGGACGGGCUUACCCCUCAGCAGCGUGUAGACAAGAUCUUCUCCAAGAUGGACAAGGACCAGAACGAUGAGAUCACCUUGGAAGAGUUUAAAGAGGCGGCCAAAUCCGACCCUUCCAUUGUCCUACUGCUGCAGUGUGACAUGCAGAAGUAGACUGGGAGGGGUGGAGAAACAGAGCAAGGGUAAUAGAGUUGAACUGAAUUUAGAGAAGGAAGGAGGCUGAGAGAACAGUGAAGCAGGAGGAGAAAGGGAGGGAUGCUGCUAGAGAGAGGAGGAGGAGAAGGAGAGAGGCAGGGAAUCUUUCUUUCUCCCUUUCUCUGAGGUAGUGAUGUCUGGAAAUAAGCCAUGUUUGGAACACGGACCCCUGAUUGAUGCCAUUCUUUUAUCCAGGCUGCCCUGCUGUGCAGCUCUCCUGAAGCACUUCUGCUUCACUCCAGCUGAGCGUCUUUAUAAAUUCAGCCCGAUCUGUGGAAAGUGGAAAUCCCUCCAGCUCUGUUUAGCGCAGAUCAAAGAAA